AUGGGUCGUUCUUUUAUUAUUCGUACGGAUGCUGAAGCCAACGAAUAUAUAUUCAAUGGUGAGCAUCGCAUCGGGAAACGCGCUACUUCGCGUGCCGAAGCAUGGGCGCUACGUCUACAACCAUACGACUUUACCAUCGAAAGAGUAACCGGAGAAAGCAAUGUAGCAGAUUCUUUAUCAAGACUGAUUCAAGAUUCCAAAGAGGCAGUACCGUUCGAAGAAGAAAAUGAAAAUCAUUACUUAUUCUCUUUAGAUAGCGGGUUAAUGGACUUGACUCUUAACGAAAUAGAAGGCAGCACAGAACAAGAUAGCGAUUUACAGCUUAUUUUAUCUCACUUAAACUCCAAAAAGUGGCCGUCUUCGUUAAUCGAAUUCGCCCCCCAUCGACAGAGUAUCCAUCACAUAGGUUCACUGCUAUACAAAGAUGAUAGACUCAUUCUACCAAAAGCUCUAAGGAUAAAAGCGUUAUCUUCCGCACACGCCGGACACAUUGGUGAAGUGGCGAUGAAGCGAAUAUUGCGACAGUUUUUCUGGUGGCCAUGUAUAUCCAAAGAAGCAGAGUUGUUCGUAAAAAGAUGUAAAACUUGCACAAUGCUAUCCAAGAAAGAUCCACCCAUUUCUAUAUCCAGUCGGACUCUACCAGACGGGCCUUGGGAAGAGUUGCAGAUUGAUUUCCUCUCGAUUCCUGGAUUCGGUACUGGAGAAUUUCUCAUUAUAGUUGAUACGUAUUCAAGAUUUCUGUCUGUUUGCGAAAUGCGUCGGACAGAUGCAGAUAGCACUAAUGCAGCGUUAUGCGAUGUUUUCAAAUUGUGGGGAUUACCAAAAAUUAUACAGAGUGACAACGGGCCACCAUUCCAAAGUUCGGCAUUCUGCAACUACUGGGAAGAAAAAGCAGUAAUGAUUCGCAAAUCAAUUCCGUUAUGCCCACAAUCAAAUGGUUGUGUAGAACGUCAGAACCAAGGCAUAAUCAAAGCCUUGGCUGCUUCGAGAAUCGACGGGUCAAACUGGAGAGUCGCCCUUCAUAAGUACGUGCACAACCAUAACACGUUGAUCCCCCACGCAAGACUGAAUGUUACCCCGUUUGAAUUACUAGUUGGUUGGAAAUUCCGCGGAACCUUUCCUUCGCUUUGGCAUACGGAUAAUGUUAAGUCUUUGAACAGAGAAGAAGUAAAAGAUCGUGACACGGAAGCCAAAUUUACCAGUAAAUCAUACGCUGACACUCGAAGAGGAGCUAAAGAUUCUAAUCUGCAAGUUGGAGAUAAAGUUCUUCUAGCUCAACAAAAGAAAACCAAAACGGAUCCGAACUUCUCGUCCGAAUAUUACCGAAGUAUUCGGAAUUAA